AUGGCAACACCUGGGGAGGCUGUUUAUUGCACCCUCCUCACUUCCGAUCAUUAUCUUCCCGGUGCGGUUGUGCUCGCUCAUUCAUUACGAGACAAUGGGACGCGGGCGAAGAUUGUCGCCCUUUUCACACCAGAGACCUUGAAAGAGGCGACGAUCAGAGAACUUCAGACCGUGUACGACGAGAUAAUUCCCGUGCAGCUCCGAUCAAAUGGCACGCCAGCGAACCUCCUUUUGAUGGGUCGGCUUGACCUCAUCUCCACCUUUACGAAAAUCGAGCUCUGGCGACAGACGCAAUACUCCAGGAUCGUCUAUAUGGAUGCCGAUGUCCUCGCAUUAAGAGCGCCGGAUGAAUUGCUAUCACUGCAGGAAGACUUUGCUGCAGCGCCUGAUAUUGGCUGGCCUGAUAUUUUCAAUAGUGGGGUCAUGGUUCUUCGUCCUAAUCUACAGGACUACUAUGCACUUCGCGCGUUUGCAGAGCGUGGCACCAGUUUCGAUGGAGGCGAUCAAGGUCUACUUAAUACUUACUUUAAGAGAUGGUACCGACUGAGCUUCACUUACAACUGCACACCCAGUGGGAACUACCAAUAUAUGCCGGCCUACAGACACUUUGAAAGCACCAUAAGUCUCAUCCAUUUCAUUGGAUCACAAAAACCCUGGACACAGUCACGGCAUGCCUUUGCUUCAGGUACACCAUAUUAUCAACUGUUAGGAAGGUGGUGGGCCCAGUACGAUCGGCACUAUCGACCUCUGCCCAUAUCUGUACCGCCAGCACCAGCUCGUGUCUCCUUUCAGCCUCAGCCAUCAUAUGGAACUAAUUCUAUUCCUCAAAGAAGCGUACCUUCCUACACCUUGAGUCGGCAGGAAAGCUCAAUCCCAGUGCAAGACGUUCCCAUAGCACAUCAACAUGAAGUUCAUCAUGAACGCUCGAAUUUUUACGAAAAGUCACCUGCACAUAUUGCCAAAGACUUGCAUGUUUUACGCCGUUCACCGAUAUCUGAGGGAUUUGCCGAUAUAACUCCUACAUUUGCUCCAGCUCCUGCUCCAGCUCUCGCUCAUCCCCAACCCAGACACCCCCCAUCCAUUACCCAAGAUCUUCGAAGCCGUCACCAGGCACCAAUUGAAGCACCAGCAGAAGUUAGGAGCGUGGUCCCACUCUACGUCCACGGCGAAGAGCAAUCAUCGGUUUACGUAACGGUACCCAGCGGAGGAACCGAGAAUUUCACCGAGCUCAAAGCUCAAUUCAUAACUCAGAAAGCAUUCGAACCGUAUCAACACCAACCAUACGUUGAGAUUGCCUCAACGACACAACCUCAAAAGGCACCAUCACCCCCUCCUUCCCCGCCGCCACAACAACAGCAGGAAGAACGACCCUUCUCUCCGCCGAGGGCCGAAUGGGAUGCAUCCAGGGAACCGCCUCCACGUCAUUCGCGGCCUGAGGCAUCAGGCUUGGAAACGCAAACUUAUACAAUGUCCAAGGAUACACAACUGUUUCGACCGCCAACAUCAUAUCCAGAGGCUCCUAAGAAUAUGUAUUAUGAGGUGCCUUCUAUGAAACGAGAACCUGAAAAACUUGCACCAAUCUUUCCCUGGGAAACUCGUGCCUCCAAACCCACUCGAGUGUUUGCCGAAGAACCCGAGACAAGUGUUGUCCCUUCGAUUCGUGAUGUUACAGGACAUGAGCCUCAUCCUGAGCAGCCUUUGCCUCCUGAGCAGACUUUGCAUUUUAAGCGUAUUGAGCAUAUCGAACGUACUGAGCAGAACGAGCAGAUUCAGCAGACUAAGCAGCCCGAGGAAGCCGAGCAAUCCGAGCAACCUCCAAAGGGCACAGCUACCGCUUUCGAAUAUACUACUCCAAAUUUCAAACCAGCAGAAUCUUGGGAGACUUUCUCAAGAGGAAACGCAUGGGAUGAGGUUCCCGAGAUAAGCAAGUAUGUCGACGCUAUACAGCAGCGAUCGAAAAACGUGAACGGGCGUGGCAAAGCAGGCGGCGCUAAAAAACCUGAAGGCCUCAAGAUCACGGACUUCCCGACUGAAGUCGAUAGGCCUAGUCUUCCAGUAACGCCGGCACCAAUACGUCCUUCCUUUUGGGGAGGCCAAGAUAGUCAGCAGGAGUCUAGCGAGUUUCCUGCUGCUGAAGGGGUUCCAAACCAAGGCGACUGGAACCCACUCGAUCGAUUGGAAGAGCUACAACAACGUCAAUUGGAUCUCUUCAAAACGACGACAAGUCCUCAGGGGCCAGCAGAGUCGUCCGACGAGACUGAACAGCCGUCUGGGGCAGAUAAGUAA